AUGAUGACGUGCCGUCUGCUGUGCGCCCCGUUGGUGCUCGCCCUGUGCUGCUGUCCGUCCGUGUGCGUGACUGAGAGCGGAGGUAAAGCUGAAAAAGAUAGUUCUGGUGCAAAAGGAAAUGAGAAAAGGGAAGUAAGUGAGGCGACGGAUCAACAGAGAGAAGCUUCUCCUUUGCCACCUAGAGGAGAGGAGGAGGAAGAGAAAGAGGAACAGAAACCAAGUACGGCGACUCAUACGUCACAGGAAACGGCUAAAGCAACCGGAACGGCAGAGUCAGAAAGUAGUUCCAAUAAUACAAAAGAUCAAGAUCAUGGGCAAUCCACUAAGGAAGAGACUGAAAAUACGAACACUAACACUUUAAAUGAACAACACAAGGAAUCAAAUGCACCAACUACGACAAAGACGACCACAACUACAACAAAGGCACCAACCACAACCACCACGACCACCACUGCGCCAGUGGCACCAAGUACUACAACUACAGAGGUGCCAACGACGACGACCACCCGCGUACCGUCACGUCUUCGUGAAAUCGACGGCAGCCUCAGCAGCUCUGCGUGGGUGUGUGCCCCGCUGCUGCUCGCCGUAUCCGCGCUGGCGUACACCACUCUGGACUGA